GCGCGCGCGCACAGCGCCGAACGUUCUGCACGAGCGAAGGGAACCGCUAUGGCAACGGGCACGGCGACGGGCUCGCGGACGCUGACGGAGAAGCCCUGAGCUGAGCUCUUAUAAGCACGGUCGCGGCCUCUGCAGGCGCGCGCACACCCGCGCAGAGACACCGAAAACAAACAAACAGACAGAGAGAGCGCGACUGAGAUGCGGGAGAUCAGAUAACGCAGCGAGCGGCUCUCCGGCUUCCCGCGGCGGGCGGACACGAACAAUGGAGAAGCAGCCGAAGCUCCUGUCCUCGCAGCUGCUGCUGAAAAACAGGCUCUUCGAGGUCACCUUACAGCGAGCCACGCUCAGCUGGAAGGACACGCCAGCGGCGGGAAGGAGGCGCGCCUCGGGGGGCAUUAACGGCACACUCAAAGUGGGUUCCUGCCUGGCUAAAGUUCUGCACAGAAGCAGAAAAGGAGCAGGUAGCUAUUGUGUGCCUGUCUCGGAAAUCAUAGCUGUUCGAGAGACUGAAGUGGACAGCCGGACCAAAGAUGACGGACGGUGGCAGAAGAUGUCCCAGGCGUCGGCAGGGACACACCCCUUCGCAUUCACAGUGUCCUAUGUGGACCGAGGGAGCCGGCACCGCUGGCGGUGCAGUGACGUCACCUUCCACUGCCCAGAUGGGGCACUUUGUCACCAGUGGGUACAAACCAUCAAGGAACAGCUCCUGCUACUGACCAACCGACCAAAGCAUUUGCUGGUUUAUAUCAAUCCCUUUGGCGGGAAGCAACAAGGGAAACGGAUUUACGAGCAGAAGGUGGCGCCACUCUUCUCACGCGCAUCCAUUUCCACCGACGUGAUUGUUACAGAGCGUGCAAACCACGCCAGGGACCAUCUGAGGACCGACGCGGACCUAAAGAAAUACGAUGGCGUGGUGUGCGUGGGAGGGGAUGGCAUGUUCAGUGAGGUCAUCCACGGGCUCAUCUCGAGGACCCAGAGGGAGGCCGGAGUGGAUGAGAACUGCCCCGAGGAGAAACUGGUGCCCUGCGACCUCCGGAUCGGCAUCAUCCCUGCAGGUUCGACUGACUGUAUCUGCUAUGCAACAGUGGGCGUUAACGAUCCCAUCACUUCUGCCUUACACAUCAUUGUGGGGGACUCUCAGGCCUUGGAUGUCUGCUCGGUCCACCACAACUCCACAUUCCUUAGGUACUCCGUGUCAUUGCUGGGGUACGGCUUCUAUGGCGACGUGCUUACGGACAGCGAGAGGAAGCGAUGGAUGGGCCCUGCCAGAUAUGACAUUUCAGGUCUUAAGACUUUCCUGACACAUAACUACUAUGAAGGGACAGUUUCUUUUCUGCCUGCCACGGAUAUCCUGGGGACGCCACGGGACAAGACCAAGUGUAGAGCUGGGUGCUACGUGUGCCAGGACAGUGAGUGGAGGCUCUCAGAAGACAAGCAGCUGUGCAAACUGGAUGAGGAUGUGUUGGAUCAAGAGGAAGACGGCAGGUGGCAAGUGAUUCGCAGCAAGUUCCUGGCCAUCAAUGCGGCAAGUAUGAGUUGCGCUUGCCCCCGCAGCCCCAAGGGGCUGUCUCCAGCCGCCCACUUAGCUGAUGGCACCGCCGACCUCAUCCUCGUGCGCAAAUGUUCACGUCUCGACUUCCUGCGCCACCUGCUUCGCCACACAAGCAAGGACGACCAGUUUGACCUGGCCUUUGUGGAGGUGCACCGUGUGCGCAGGUUUCGUUUCACGCCCAAGCACUGUGAGAGCGAUUCGGAGCUGGACCUGAAGGAGAGCGGUAAGAAGCUGUUCAGCCACAUCUGCAGGGAUCACCCGGCCUGUGGCUGCGCCACGGUCAACAGUAACUGGAACUGCGACGGCGAGAUCCUCCAGCAUGCCGCCAUCGAAGUCAGAGUGCACUGCCAGCUGGUCAAGCUUUUUGCCCGAGGGAUCGAGGAGCUUCCUGUGUUUGAGGACCCCUGCUGUCCAAGUGCAAUAUGAGCUCCAUGCAGCCCACCCUGAGUCUGAGCCCCGGUGGCUCUCCUGCUCGAGGGUCAAAAGGAAGGCUGUGUGGAGAGUGGCGUGCUGCUGUUGAACUUCUCUGUAGUGUUACACUGUUGCUCUCCCAUAGCCUUCAUUUGGCACAUUAUUUUUUUUUUUUUUUUUUAAGUCAAAAGAUGGCUCAUGUCUGGAACAUAGACACAGCGAAUUCUUUUAAGCCCGGUAUUACAACCGUAACACAUUGCAGGAUCAGGAUUACUGGAUUCAGGUGUUAUUCUUCACUUUGAUUGACUGCCAUUUGCACAGUUUAUUUUCAACAGAUUUUUGCAAAAAUCUUAUAAGCAGUGUUAUUUCUUAAAACACUGAAAAUUAAGAUUUGAUAAUCAUUAAAGGAUAAUUGGCAACCAUGACCAUCUGGCACUCUUUAAUUUUCUUUAAAAUUUGACAAUUUUGCUGACACAGUGUGCUUCUGAAAAUACUAAAAAUAAAUAAGUGCACCCAAAUAUAAUUACAAGUUAAUUUUCCAUAAUGCGAGCAAUAAGUCUGACAGACACGAUAGCAAAACUGUGCAUUAUGAAAACGGAUGAUAUAAUGGAUGUAGUUUGCCUAAUGUGCAGUGAAGUGUACCAGAUCUCUGCCAUCUCCAGAAGAUCCGUAGCCGUGGCUGUGUGAAAUCCAACACAUCUGUUUCACUACAUUAUAAACUGCACAAAAAGAAUUACAAGCUCAGUCCUUGAAACAGUUUCAAACUCCAGGACACAGACUUCUAACCUGAUGGUUGUUGGUUUAAGUUUCGCUACUGCUGUAGUACCCUGUACAUUACUGCUGUCGUACAGUACCUAAAUAGCGCCAGUAAAAUACCCAGCUCUAUACAUGGCUAAAAUAAUGUCACUUUAGAUAAAGCUAUUAGCCAGAAAUGAAAUAAUAAUAAUAAUAAUAAUCAUGAAAAUAACAGUAAUACUAAAUAUUGUAACACUACCAACUAGUUGUGUUGAUGCAUUCAUGGCACUGAAAGGAUGUGCUGUAUGUCUAGAAACAGGAGCAACAUAUUAAACAUUAGUUCUGCUUCUGCUGUAAAGUCAACCUUAGAGGCUGUUUCAUAUUAAGGAGUCUCUUUGGUUGUGUUGGAAGUGUUGCUUUUUCUCUGCAGUUAUUAUUGUUCUUGUAGAAUUAGUGCUGAAAAGUGCACUGGAAGUGUUCCGGAAGUUUGUUUUUGUAGCUAAGCUGGUCUUGCUGUGGUUGAAGGAGCGAUAUUGCAUAGUGUACUUAGACUUUAACAUAGACUUUUGUUACUGGUUAUCAAAAAAUGGUCAUGAACGUGAGUCUAGACAUGAACAGAGUGAUAAUAUUUCACUGUCCCUGGUUGAACUGGUGAUCGGUUUAGGUACAAGUCACACAUAUAUCGAGAGGAGCAUUUGGCUGUACCACGUAAAGAGGUCAGGGGGCUUUAGUCUCCCGUGUUGGUCCACAAAACAGGACCACGACACUGUGAGAAAUGUGGCACAGCUUGAAAACCAACAAAAUGGACCCUUACCAAUCUCUGGCAUUGGUUUUGUUUAUUUGCGUUUCUCUUUCUUAUUUUACAAUAUAUUCCAAGGUAUAGGUUAUUGCCGCAAUGCCAAAGACAUAUUUAAAAGUAGUUGUGUGUCUGCUGUAAGCUUACACAACUGUAGGGUAUACUGUAGCAUCCUGCUGUAGGACGAGUGAGUCAAGCUUAAGUCUCCUUUAUACGUUCACUUUACCACAUUUACCCAUUGUGGACCAUACUACCCUUCCAGGCUCCAGCUAACUAAUAGUAACUGUGUUGGAAACAUUUGCAAACAUAUGUAUUCCAGAUUUUUCAUGUAGCUGCAGUGACAACAACAAAACAAAACCAUGGCAAUUGGGUCAGCAGGUGGCAUAGUGCUUACUGCUUAGGUUGCAGGUUCAGAUCCCCCAUCUGCUGUCAUACCACUGAGCGAAGUACUACUUACCCUAAACCAUUCGGGUAAGAAUUAUCCAGCUGUAUAAAUGGGUAAAUAAUCCU